ACUUUUUUAAUAGCUCCCUUCCAUGAUUCUCAUUCUCUGUCACUAGAAACUUAAGAUUAAAGGAACUUUACUAUAUUUCAAGCACAGUUUAAUCCAUUAAGAUGGAUCUCCUUCACAGCAAUGGAGUACUUAUCAUUCAGCAUUUACAGAGGGACUACAGGGCUUACCAGGAUUUCCUUAAUUUUAUGUCACAUGUUGGUGAUCCCCGGAAUAUAUUUUCAAUUUAUUUUCCUCUUUGGUUUCAGCUCAACCAAGUGGUUGGUACUAAAAUGAUAUGGGUGGCAGUCAUUGGUGAUUGGUUCAACCUCAUAUUUAAAUGGAUUUUAUUUGGCCAUCGCCCUUACUGGUGGGUGCAAGAAACAAUGAUUUAUCCUAAUCAGUCAAGCCCAUGCCUUGAACAGUUUCCUAUAACAUGUGAAACUGGACCAGGAAGCCCAUCUGGGCAUGCCAUGGGAUCAUCCUGCGUCUGGUAUGUAAUGGUCACAGCAGCACUUAGCUACACAGUUAGAUGGAAAGAUAAAUCAGCUGUUACCCUUCACAGACUAACAUGGUCAUUCCUCUGGAGUAUUUUUUGGAUUAUCCAGAUCAGUGUGUGCAUCUCAAGAGUAUUCAUAGCAACACAUUUCCCUCAUCAAGUUGUUCUUGGAGUAUUUGCUGGCAUUCUUGUGGCAGAAGCAUUUGAGCAUACCCCUUCUAUUCAGACAGCAAGCUUGAGAAUGUACAUCAAGACAAACUUGUUUCUUUUCAUCUUUGCCAUUGGCUUUUAUCUAUCCCUCAAGCUUCUUGAUAUUGACUUGCUAUGGUCUGUUCCAAAGGCCAAGAAGUGGUGUGCCAACCCAGACUGGAUAAACAUUGACACAACUCCAUUUGCUGGACUGGUGAGGAACUUAGGCGCACUCUUUGGUUUAGGUCUUGGAAUUAAUUCUGAAAUGUUCAUCAUGAGCUGCAAAGGUAAAAAUAGCUGCAGGAUAAGUUUUCGCAUAUUGUGUGUAGUUGCUUCUUUAGCUACACUGCAGCUGUAUAAUUUUGUUAAGAUACCUACUCAUACUGAGUAUUUGUUCUACAUUCUCUCUUUUUGUAAGAGCGCAGCUAUGCCUCUGACUGUGGUUGCCUUGGUUCCGUACUGUGUCCACUCAUUAAUGAGGACAACUGAAAAGAAACUUAAUUAGGUAAAGUUUCAAAAUGGUUAGCAAUGUGGGGAUGGAUGUGAACUGUUCAAGAUCCCUCUGCAAAGGCAGUUUUGCUAAUUCAUUUAAACCAAGGGGAUGCCACUGCAUCUUUGAUGUACUCCUGGUAAGUAACCAGUACAUGCAAAAUCAGUACACUUAAGAAUGACUUUGGCAGCUCAGAAAUAUUAGUUGCUGAUUUUAUUCCUAGAAAUAUUGCAAGCACACUGCAGUAUGGUUAGUAAUGGCCCAAUACUCUGGGUCAUAACAAAGUUUUAAAGUAUAAUCAACCAUCUUUAUUUAGCUAAAUGGUGGUCUUUUAGUUCUCUCCAUCUCUAGCUACAUAAAGCUUCAAGCAUCAGUUGUACAUAGUGAUACUCGAUAUUUUGGGUUUUAUAUAUAGAUACUGUGUGUUUAACUUCUACAUAAUGGUGUGACAGUGUCACACCACCUACAACUGUAGGGCUGUACCCAGGCACUGUGAAAAAGGCCAGCAUAGUUAUAAACAAGGCUUUAGAUUUAAUUUAUUGAGCUUCCUGAGCAAACCAGCUUCUGAUUAAGUCAGAUGAGAAAAAAAAGUUUAUUUCCAUUGGACUAUGUAGAAUAUAUUUUUGCAUUACUGUGUGGUUUUUGUCAUUUUUACUUUUUGAAAGUGGUCACAUGAAUCAUGAAUGAUACAGAUCACACCUUUGAUAGGGAAAAUGCAUAAAUAUGGUGUAAAAAAUCUUUGGGUUCUGUACAUCUACAGGGAGCAACAAAUGAAAAAAGUUGUCAAUAAUUAAAUUAUCUCAGUAUAUUGUCAAGAAUAUUGUUCAUGCUCCUGUAUUGCAAAGGUAAUUCUCUGUAAUUCUCUCAGAUCAACAGUCACAAGCCUGAAUCACUGUUAGUAGUUGUGUAAAUCAUGAAAAUUUGGUUGCAAAUUGUCACUUCAAGUUUAUAUUCUUGUCAGCUUUACUUAACUAAGCACACAAGUAACGAAUAUGUUGAAUAUAUGUUUCCUAUAUAAAAUGGAUGUUCUAAGUAGGUAAAGGGGGACACUUUCCAUUUUAUUCAUUACUUGGCAUCUAUUGUAUAUUCCCUUUCAGUGCACAAUCUUUAAGCAACAUUUUGCUGAUACCAUCCCAUAAUACUCAAUAUAUAAACUAUAUAUAUAUAUAUAUAGCCUCAGUAUGCAAGGCUAUAAUAUGGGUAAUGAGGGCUGCAUAUGUAUGAUCUGAAAGCAAUAAGACUUAGAAGAUGUAAACAUGAUAUUGUUUCUAGACUUCCAAUUAGGUAGGAAAUAAUUGAAAUAAUCUUAUUUAAUUGGGUAAACAAGGUGAUUAGUUGGGUGUUGGCCUUUGAGAAAGAACAAGAUACAGAUUACAGAUGGAGAUCUGAAAAGAGCAUUCUUAAUUAAGAGCCUAGUAAGACGACCAUGACUUAAGUAAAUUAGUCAUCUGCUUUUAACAGUCUGAGGAGUAUUCUGUUUUGGGCAUCUCCUGAUAUUUUCUCUAAUGGUUCUCUGAACUUUUUUCCCACAGCAACUGACCUGAAACCACUCUUUUCUGUAAUUGUGACUCCUUAAGCAAAAUUAUUAAGUUAAUGGGACUAGACACAAAAAAUGAAGAACAAAGACAGCUAUGACAAAGAUUUCAGCUGUGUUCAAGUUGCUGUGUGCUUUGUUAUUCCUUACCAGUGAGAUGGCUACAGAGGCAUCGCAGAACAGUAGCAGGUCAUCGAGUUAUUGUUCUGUUCCUGGCUCGUCCUAGCCAGCAGUAGGGGAUUCUUCAUGCACAGCUGUCCACUAUUCUCAAAGCAGCAUUUGGAUUUAGUGGCAAUUUUAAGCUGGAAGUUACGGGUAGAGAUCACAUUUCUAGGCUUCUAAUCACGUGAGAGUUUGUUUCCCACCAGUGACAAAGAAUCUUGGCACUUCUCUUGGGGUAGACACAACCAUAAAUGUAGAAUGACAGGUGGCAUUCUGCAUUAUUCUUCUAAGCUCUGUACAGACACAUAGAAAGAUGUGGGUUCUUGCUUUCUUGGAGUGUCCUAUUAAUUCAUUCUGUAAUUUCACUUCUUCAGGGAAAAGGAUGCAGAACAUCUUCCUGUCUGAACCACCUCUUACUUUUUCUUCAACAGUUAAAACGUUACUAUAUCAAAGAAUGGUGGGAAACCUGAAUAAAUUUAGUGCAAUUUUACUAGUAACUUCAGAAGUUAAUUGACUGAUAAUACAAUGGCUAUAAAACA